CAUAGGCCAAGCCGGUCCGCUUGGUAAAGCCAGUGUCAUUGGUGAAACUGCCAGGCAGGUACCUGGCACAUCAGGAGUCAUUGCCACACCUACCCGUCCCUGCACUUCAGCAGACUCUAGAUAAAUAUCUGUUGGCCUUGAAACCUCUGGUAAGUCAGGAGGAAUGGAGCCACACCACCCAAAUGGUGGAAGAAUUCCAGAGCUCAGGAGUUGGUGAAAGGCUGCAGAAGGGCCUAGAGAGGAGAGCAAGGAAGACAGAAAACUGGCUGUCAGACUGGUGGUUGCAGACAGCUUACCUAGAGUACCGUCUGCCAGUUGUAGUUCAUUCGAGCCCUGGUGUGGUGCUACCAAAACAAGACUUUUUGGACAGACAAGGGCAACUCAGAUUUGCUGCUAAGCUGAUUGAAGGCGUUCUAGACUUUAAGUCUAUGAUAGAAAAUGAGACCUUGCCUGUAGAACAUCUUGGUGAAAAAUCGCUCUGUAUGAAUCAAUACUAUCAUAUAUUAUCCUCCUGUCGCAUUCCGGGCCCAAAGAGAGAUUCGGUUGUCAACUAUAGCCAAGCCAAGAAGCCCCCCACUCACAUUACAGUGGUCCAUAAUUUCCAGUUCUUUGAGCUAGAUGUAUAUCACAGUGAUGGAACGCCGCUCACCGCAGAUCAGAUAUUCACUCAGCUGGAGAUGAUCUGGGGGACCUCACUCCAGACUAAUAAGGAGCCCAUUGGAAUCCUAACCACAAAUCACAGGAACAGCUGGGCCAAGGCCUACAACAAUCUCAUCAAAGAUAAGACCAACAAAGAGUCUGUGCGUACAAUCCAGAAGAGUAUUUUCACAGUGUGCCUAGAUGCCCCAAUGCCCACCGUCUCUGAUGAUCACUAUAAGAGUCGGGUGGCUGCCCAAAUGUUACAUGGUGGAGGCAGCCGUCUGAACAGUGGGAAUAGAUGGUUUGACAAAACCCUGCAGUUUAUAGUAGCAGAAGAUGGUUCUUGUGGGCUAGUGUAUGAACAUGCUCCUGCAGAAGGACCUCCCAUUGUAGCCUUGCUUGACCAUGUUGUUGAGUACACGAAAAAGUCAGAUUUGGUCAGGUCACCAAUGAUCCCUUUACCGAUGCCCAAGAAACUGCGCUUUAACAUCACUCCAGAAAUUAAGAAUGACAUUGAGAAAGCCAAGCAAAACCUGAAUAUAAUGGUUCACGAUCUGGAUGUCAAGGUCUUUGUUUUUACUGCAUUUGGAAAAAAAACUUCCCCAAGUCAGAGAAGCUAAGUCCAGAUGCCUUCAUCCAGGUGGCUCUUCAGCUAGCUUAUUAUCGGAUGUACGGGAGGGCCUGUGCCACCUAUGAGAGUGCAUCACUUCGGAUGUUCCGCUUGGGGAGGACAGAUACUAUUCGAUCUGCUUCGAUUCAGUCUCUAGAAUUUGUCCAAGGCAUGGAGGAUUCUGAGAAACAGAACCAAGAAAAAGUGGAUCUGCUGAGAAAAGCAGUGCAAGCUCAUCGAGUCUACACAGACAUGGCCAUCACAGGUAAAGCCAUAGACCGCCAUUUACUGGGACUGAAACUUCAAGCUAUUGAAGAUUUGGUUAGCAUUCCUGAAAUCUUCAUGGACACAUCGUAUGCCAUUGCGAUGCAUUUUAAUCUCUCUACCAGCCAGGUGCCCGCUAAGACUGACUGUGUCAUGUGCUUUGGCCCGGUGGUACCGGAUGGAUAUGGCGUUUGCUACAACCCAAUGGAAGAUCAUAUCAACUUUGCAGUGUCUGCAUUUAACAGCUGUGCAGACACCAAUGCAGCCAGGAUGGCUCACUAUUUGGAGAAGGCUCUGUUGGAUAUACGGCAGCUGAUCCAUCACUCUCCUAAAUCCAAGUUGUAA